UCUCAACCACCCACAUCAGCAUCACACCAUGUCCGACAAGGAGCAGCAGUUCACGACCCAGCCCCACCCGGCCACGACCAACAACCCCGCCGACCUAGUGGCUGGCAAGACGCCCGGGCUCGUCAGCGACGCCGCGCAGGCGUUCAACACGCCCGGCAUCCAGCAGAUUGGCAGCCAGGCCGCCGCGGCGCUCGAGCAGCCCAAGACGCGCGAGCAGCUUCAGGAGGAGUUCAAGAAGCUCAACCAGUAAUUGCUCUUGUACUUCCCUAUGAAUGGCCGUGAACAAGGAAGGAA